CUUUGUCCACCACUAUACAACUGACUACUUCACACUUUCUGUGAGUGUUGUGGUCCGAGACCCUUGUGUUGCAUAUCUGGUGAUAGCUGAUGCUGCCAACUUCUGAAAGUGUUGACUGAGGAAUAUAUAAAGAAUACUUGUGCACCGAGAACCAGUGAUGCAUAUGGCUAGUACAACAACGCAACAAGUCAAUGUACCCUAACACGAAAAGCUUCAGCAAGAGCCCUUCUGUCGAUAGCUCAUCCAGUCACCUGGAAGCUGAGAAUAAGAAGCAGGUGGGCGCUGAAACUGAAACCAUCGAGCUUUCGGAUGGGUUCACAUCGGAAGAGGUUAACGUCGAGCACAGACAGACAAUUCUGGAUAGAUGUGGACAUGGUGUCGUCACAGAUGGUGAUAUUCUCGACACAGGGAGUCUUCCAAGUGAGGCUGCUCAUAUGAUUGAGCAAAUUGAAGCCAUGUCCACCUGUGAUGCUGUCUCCCACCUUAGAGACAUUCUGAAAGAGUAUGCUACAGAUGCCAACUUUCCAUUACCAGUGUACGAACGCAUGGAGAGCUUGGUCGAAGGUGCUGAGUACUGUAACCUGUCCCCGGCUGAAUGGUCAUUCCAAUGUAAGCUUGAGGCAGGGUUGGUUAUGUUUCACUCUCCUUACCCUGAAAUCAGAGGUGUGACUGAUCCUAUCGAUGAUCCAUCAAUACCAGUGGAAACAAUCAGAGCUUACAUUCUCGGGUUCUUUUGGACUAUUAUUGGCGCUGGCGUUAAUGAAUUCUUCAUGCACAGAAAACCUCAGAUUACUCUCAGUUCCUCAAUGAUUCAACUGCUCUUGUAUCCUUGUGGUAAAUUCCUGGCCCUUACACUGCCAGAUUGGGGUAUCACCAUCAGAGGUAUCAGACACUCGCUCAACCCAGGUCCUUGGACGUACAAGGAGCAGAUGUUUGCCACGAUCAUCUUCAACGUUGCCAUCUCGUACACUUAUGUUUCUCAUAACAUCUAUAUGCAGAAACUGAAGGUGUUCUUUUACACUGACUGGAUUGACUUUGGUUAUGAGUUCCUCUUGAUGGCAGCUUCUCAGUUUCUCGGAUUUGGACUGGUGGGCAUUGUUAGAAGAUUUGCAGUGUAUGAACAGAGAUGUAUCUGGCCAACUUUGCUUCCAACUUUGGCACUUAACCGAGCUCUCUUGAAGCCUGAGAAGAAGGAAAAUAUCCAUGGGUGGACGCUGACAAGAUACAAGUUCUUCGCCUACUUCUUCAGUGCGAUGUUCUUAUACAACUGGGUGCCUUCCUACUUGUUUGAAGGUCUAUCAACGUUCUCAUGGAUGACAUGGAUAAAGCCAGAGAAUUUCAAUCUUGCAGCUGUUUCUGGAGAACAAUUCGGUUUAGGCAUGAAUCCCCUUGUCACCUUUGAUUGGAAUAUCAUCGAUUACAAUUACUCUUUGACGAUUCCAUUCUUUUCUCAGCUGAACCAGUACAUUGGAACAUUCAUUGGGUUCUUCGUGGUUAUUGGUCUCUACUACAGUAACUACAAGUGGACUGCCUAUCUUCCAAUUAACGACAAUAACAUUUUCACCAAUACAGGUGAGAGAUACAAUGUCAGCACUAUCCUGGACUCAACUUCUCAUCUAGUCGAAGAGAAGUACCAAGAAUACUCCCCUCCUUUCUACUCUGCUGGUAACUUACUUGUCUACGGUGCAUUUUUUGCACUGUAUCCGUUUGGUUUCUUUUACACCAUAUACCAUGAGUGGUCUACUGUGAAGCUGGGAGUGACACAACUCUUUAAAAACGCCAGAAACUGGAAGCGUUCCAGUUACUAUGGGUAUAAUGACCCCCACUCUCGUAUGAUGUCAAAGUACAAGGAAGUUCCUGAUUGGUGCUACUUAAUCAUACUUGUUAUUGCAAUCGUCCUUGCAAUCAUAUGUGUGAAGGUAUAUCCAGCUCAAACUCCAGUGUGGGGUAUUUUCUUCAUUGUUGGCCUCAAUGCUAUCUUCCUGAUUCCAAUCUGUAUAAUCUAUUCAACCACUGGAUUUGCCCUGACUAUGAAUGUUUUAACAGAGUUGAUUAUCGGUUAUGCUUUACCAGGAAAUGGUCUUGCUUUGAAUACGCUGAAAUCUCUAUCCAGAAAUAUCGAUAACCAAGCUGAAACCUAUAUUUCUGAUCAAAAGCUUGCACAUUAUGCCAAAAUCCCACCUAGAGCCAUCUUCAGAGGACAAAUCAUUUCAACUUUCAUCCAGAUAUUCGUUGCUCUUGGUGUCAUUAACUGGCAGAUUGCCAACAUCCCAAACAUAUGUACUUCAGAAGCAGAAAAUAAGUUCACGUGUCCUAAGGAGACAAACUUCUAUUCUGCUGGUGUGUUUUGGGGUGUUAUUGGUCCUAAGAAGGUCUUCAGUGAAUUAUACCCAAUCUUGCAGUGGACCUUUUUGAUCGGAUUCCUUGCUGUUAUACCAUGUAUCCUGAUUAAGAAGAAGUUCUCUAAACAGAUGAGAUGGUUCAGUCCAACAUUGAUCAUUGGUGGAAUGCUCCAAUAUGCACCAUAUAACCUAUCAUAUGUCACGACAGGCCUUUACGUGUCUUUCACCUUCAUGUAUUACAUCAAGUCGAGAUACACGAGCUGGUGGGAGAAGUACAACUAUGUUUUGGCAGCUGCAUUCUCAUCUGCUGUUGCUUUUAGUGCUGUGAUUAUAUUCUUUUCCGUUAAGUACCAUCCAAAAUCCUUGGACUGGUGGGGAAAUAACAUUGUGUCUGUUGGUGUUGAUGGUGGUGAAGGUAGACAGUCGUUGAAGGAUCCUCUUUCAGCCCCAGAUGGAUAUUUUGGUCCUAGAAUUGGUAGUUUCUAUUAGUUUAUUUCGGUAUUUUAAUUGAUUAUGAA